AGUCGGGUAACACAGAUGCGACAUUCAUGUUUAUACAAUUAUCGGAGCAGUCUGAUGCGAGGCUGACAUGCAGCAGCUGCUGGCAUCCACCUCAGUCGCCGAAUUCUCUCACUCGUAUUUAUUGCCAGUCUGAGCAUAGUUAAAGUAGGUACUCCUGAGUUCGCUUUCUUCCUUCCUCAUGCGCGGUCCCACUUUCGCUGUAGCCACUGCCCUGCUGGGCGCAUCGUUCUUCAAGUCACGGUUUGCCGAAGCACACACCCCCACCGACGCCCAACUGGACGACGUGAAGGAUAAUCUCUGGCUCGCCGCACAGCAGACAUGGGAACUCGGCACGGAGGCAGAGGCUCUCGUCGAGUCCGAUGCCCCUGCCUGUGCCGUUUUUGCCGACACCCCCCUCCCGCCUCCUAUCGGCAACAACUCCUCGUCCUACAACUACACCGCGCUCCGGCCUGUCCUCCAGAUCGCCUACAACGCGGCGUACAACCGCUCGAACGCGACGGGCCCCCAGCCGAUCAUGUACGUCGAGGGCGGCGCGGCCGGCGACCCUGCGUCCAUCGGCAUCGCAAUGCUCAUCGCGAACUGGACGGGCGCGCCCGAGCCAGAGCUUGAUAGGCCGGAGCUUGCGGACAGCCCGUUUGGUACGUCGGUCGGACAGGGCGUGUCCUAUGCGCGCGCGGCGGAGGAGCAGCUUGAAUAUUUAUUGACGGUCGUGCCUCGCACUAGCGACGGUGCGAUCAGUCAUCGUAUUGAAACGACACAGUUAUGGGCCGAUGCCGUCUACAUGAUUCCUCCAUUUCUCGCUUAUUAUGGUUCCCUUGUCGAGGAGGCAUAUAAUCAGGUCAAACUUUACCGCGCGUAUCUCUCCAACACCACUACGCCUCUAUGGCAGCACAUCCUGCUCGGUACGGGAGCCUAUGAUCCCGGUUAUUGGUCAACAGGUAAUGCAUGGGCCGCUGCGGGCAUGGUCCGCGUCCUCGCCACGAUCCAGCACUCUCAAUUCGCCGACACCAUGGUCAGCGAAAUGAAGGACCUCUCGACCUGGAUCGUCGAGAUCCACAAAGGGAUAGCUCUCUCCUGGCAGGACUCUUCCACCGCGCUCUUCCACAACUACGCCAACAACAAAACCUGGUUCCUCGACGGCUCCUCCACCUCCCUCCUCGCGAGCACCGUCUACCGCCUCGCAGCCCUCCAAGGCGUCAACACGUACAUCCCCAACGCCGAGGCCGCCCGCGACGCGCUCUCCGCCCCGCGGGCACCGCCGCCGGCUACACCUCGUGGGGCACCGGCGACGGCGGCCACCUCCGCCGCCCCCUCCAACACGGCGACGGCGAGCUACGCGGUGCCGACCCCGACGGGCGGGGGAGCGGGCCUUAGCCAUUUCUCCCCGGAGAUGUGGCUCACGCCCGUGGUCGACCCGUACAACUGGAACACGCAGGGUGGGAGCUCACCCGAGGGCCAGGCGUUCGUCGUCGAGAUGUACGCGGCGUGGCGGGACUGGGUCGCGCUCGGGUCGCCGGGGGCGAGCGCCAGCCUGAGUGCGCGUCGGAACGGGCCUCUCGUCGCUGCUGCGGUGAGCCCGUGGGUCAGUUGGAUGGGUUUGUGGUGAGCGUGUUGCUGUUGCUAGGGUAUGAUGCUCGAGCCUUGGAACGGCUCGAGAUGCCGACUCAUUGUCACUACGACACUCACUCUUUUGGGCUUUCUGUGCAUGAUUUAACUUAUCCCACCGUAUGAUUCGGUACUUACGUCUAAUUUUAACGUUCAGUUCUGGCUUUAUCGUCAAACGGAGAUGAGGCCCGCCCGAGCAGGGGUGUUUCGCACCGCGUCCAACAUCGGUCCAUUAUGCAACACAAGCUCGUAUGAAACCACAUACGUCGUGAACGAUUAUACUGUCAGUCGGCCCAGUAUAACUGGGUCUAUUCAUCCGCGCACUGGGUCACAGAGCGCAGCGGAAGUAUGCGCUACGGCGCUUCGCACCGCAUAGCUGUAGGGUCUGAGGUUUGUACAUUCUGGGCAUGUCGCAGUUGCAAACAUUCCGCUUCGCUCACAUUUCGUCCCAC